AUGGGCUACGCGCAGCCCCCGCAGCCGCAGGGACCUGUGGAUGUCCCCAAGGGCAAACCGACCAACGUGGAGUUUCAGAAUCCCUUCGCUGAGCCGGUGGAGUUUUCGCUGCAGGUGGACAACCCGAGCUUCCAGCUAACACAACGCGCCGUAAAGCUGGAUUCCAAAAAGACGGUCCCCAUUCCCGUGUCCUUCACGGGCGAUAAAGCGCAGGGUGGACGUCUCCUGGUCAGCGCUGGCCGGGUCUCCACCCCUUGGGCCACCCGGCAGACACAGGUGCUUCUGUACAUCUUAGAACACCGCUGCUCACCGACGGGGGAUGGCUAG